AUAGACAAAACACAAUUCUUCCAAUCCACGUUUAAAAGGAAAGGAAAAGGUUGAGGGUAAUACCAACCUAAUUUUGCAGGAGUUGGAACCACUAGAGAAAUGGCCGAAUCGACAGAGUUGAAGAGGCAAAACCUUGAAGGAGGAGGAGGAUCUGAGCCACCGUCAUCCGCAUCUGAGCCACCGUCAUUGACGGAGAAGAGUAAAAACGGAUUUGAGCCACCGUCAUCAUCGCCGGAGAAGGGGGGUCAAAACCCUGAAGCAUGCUGGCUAAACCCUCACGAUGCCUGUGAGGAGCAUGUUCCUGAUUUUUUCAAAAUUUGGAUGAAUUACAGACGUCAGACUUAUGAUUCCAAUGGUUUUGACUGUGACUAUUAUCCAUGUUCAUCUUUCGGUACUCUUUUAUACCCAGUUAUAAAUCCUAAUACCGCUGAGGCUGAAUUAAUGAUGGAACUGGCUAACUUGGCUAUCCAGGAAUAUAAUGAGAAAGAGUGCAAUGUAUGUAUUGAAAGAUGA